AUGCCUCGUGAUACCUCCAACAAGGACUCCAAGGCGCGCAAUAGUCGUCAUGCCGCCGCUACAGGGCUCAAAACGGGCAAUCUCAAAGUCAAGGGUCGGUGUCUCCCAGCUUGCCCAUUCUCAUUCCCAUUCCCAGCCGCCACCGAUAGUCGAACGGCGCAAGCCACAACUCUGCCGCUGAUUCGUAUCGCUUCUCCCCAACUUGCACGCCGCAACAGGUGAAAACUUUUACCGCGAUGCCAAGUCAGCUCGGCGAGUCAACAUGCUCUCCGGCAAGACGGGCUCCGCAGUCCGUAACGCCCAGGGUCGAGUGAUCCAAGAAGCCGCUUUCCAAUCCAAGGACGUGACCCCCGGAAGGGUCCAACCCGAUCGCAGGUGGUUCGGUAAUACGAGAACGAUUAGUCAGACCGCUUUGGAACAUUUUCGGACCAGUCUCAAGGACAAGAUCGAGGAUCCUUAUGCGGUCGUGUUGAAGAAGAACAAGUUGCCGAUGAGUCUCUUGACCGAUGCGCCGUCCGGGGUAAGUUACUUACACAGCGGCGAGGAUCGCUCUUUCGACAUCUCUCUUGGCAUUCCACUCACGCUCGUGGUCCUGCAAACAGAAAGUCAAGUUGGAUUUGACCACGACUGAGCCCUUCAGCGACACGUUCGGUUCCAAAGCCCAACGCAAGCGGCCUCGUCUCGACGUCGGGUCCUUUUCCGAACUCGCCGACAAAGUCACCGCGCACCAGAACGCCAAGCGCGAUGCCGCCAAAGUCGCAGCAGCGGAUGCGAUCCUCGAAGCCGAGGAUUACGAAGGGUCGCGUAACCCGGAGGAAAUCGCCGCAGAGGUCGCGAACAACAUGCUCAAUGAUGUGCCGCAGGACUAUAUCCUUAGCGCGGGAACUUCGAGGCGUAUCUGGGGAGAAUUGUACAAGGUACGUUGGCCGAGCAAGGCACAAGGGGCGAGCAUCUACAUGACAAGGCUGACCCUUCCUUGCGAUUCCCGUCGCAUCAGGUCAUCGAUUCCUCGGAUCUUCUCUUGCACGUCCUCGACGCUCGUGACCCGAUGGGCACGCGCUGCGAAUCCGUCGAAGCCUACUUGGCCAAAGAGAAGCGCGGUAAGAAAGUCGUCUACAUCCUCAACAAGGUCGACCUCGUUCCUGGGUGGGUCGCCGCUCGAUGGGUCAAGAUCCUCUCCAAGAAGAACCCGACCAUCGCUUUCCACGCUUCGAUCAACAACUCGUUCGGUAAGGGAUCUUUGAUUCAAUUGUUGCGACAAUUCUCGACUCUGUUCUCGGACAAGAAACAAAUCUCAGUCGGGUUCAUUGGCUACCCCAACGUGGGCAAGUCGAGCAUCAUCAACACCUUGAAGAAGAAGGCCGUGUGCAAGACCGCUCCUAUUCCGGGUGAGACGAAAGUCUGGCAAUACAUCACUUUGAUGAAGCGCAUCUACCUCAUCGAUUGUCCUGGAAUCGUUCCUCCGUCGGCGAGGGAUUCCGAAUCGGCCAAGGUCUUGAAAGGUGUAGUGCGAGUCGAGCAUCUUUCGAACCCGGCGGAUCACAUCACGUACCUCUUGGAAAGGGUUCGUCCGGAGUACUUGAGGAGGACGUACGGAAUCAGCGAAUGGACCGAUUCGGAGGAUUUCUUGGCCAAGUUAGCGAACAAGUACGGCAAGUUGCACAAGGGUGGCGAGGCCGAUCAGAGGACGGUCGCGACCAUGGUGUUGAACGUGAGUUCAGGAUGUGCAGCCCCCCCUUCGACUCUGAACCAGCGUAGACACUGAUAGGUUCCUUGUUGACGCAUCAUAGGACUGGAUCCGAGGCAAGAUUCCCUUCUUCGUCGCGCCUCCCGAACCCGAUACCCGAGAAGCCAACGGUAAACCCCUCCCCAAACCUCUCAACCCCUCCACCUCAUCCAACAAGCUCACCAAACCGAUCAAGUCGACCGCAACGGGUGGCUCAGAGACCUUGAGCCGUGGGGAAGGGGUUUUGGCUACCGGUUUGGACAAGGAUGGGAACGUCGUUAAAUCGGUCAAGGGGGUUACGCAACAGCUGCAUCAGAUUGUGCAUUCGACGAGGUUCUUGGAUGAUGAUGUCAAGGCGAUUGAGGUGGACGAGGUCGGUGAGGAUGAUGGAGAGGAAGAGGAGGAGGAGGAGUGGGGUGGGAUCGCCUCGGGCGAUGAGGAUGAAGAGGAAGAGUUUGAGCAAGGAGAGGAGGACGAUCAGAUCCCUCUGCAGUGGGACGAGCUGUUCGCCCAGGCGGUUGGGGAGGAGUCUGACGCUAGUGGAGAUGGCGAGGACGUCGACGAAGAUGAGGAUGAUGACGAUGAGGACGAGGAGGUCGAACUCAUCCUCAACCCUUCGGCUGCUGGUGCUUCAUCGUCCUCCAAACCUGCUUCGAGCAAGAAGCGAGGUGAGUUACCAUACCUUACAGCUUCUACCGAUCGCGCGCUCGAACUAAUAUGUCCCGUAACGUUCGCUCCAGCCGUCGAAGCCGAUUCCGAAUCCGACGUUGACGAAACGACCUUGAAACCGACCAAAGAGCCUCGCAUGAAGACGAACAAGACCAAAGCGACCAAUUACUACACCACCGCCAACGUCAAGAACAAGUCGAGGCGCGGAAAGCCCGACACCUCCGGUCGAGUCGGGGAGGGGAAGGGUACGGGCAAGAAGAGGGGCGGGAGGAAGAGCAAGGCUUAG